AUGACCGACCUCAAUACGUGCACCGUAGCGGACCUCCUCCCCGUGGACCGCGUGGGGGAGAAGCUCGCGGAGCGCAUCGUCGCCUCGCAGCCGUACGCGAGCUGGGGCGACCUGGAUGCGCGUGUCAAGGGGAUCGGUCCCUCCGUGAUCACGCGCCUGAAAGAGGCGGGGUUCCAGCUGCCCGAGCAAGCUGAAGAUGGGAGUAAGCCGGCGGCGGCCAAGCCGGAGCGCAGGCGGCUGAAUAAGAGCGGCGGGACGAUCAACAAGCGCCAGCCUGCGCCCGAGGCGCGGGAGCAGCAGGGGGCGGCGUUCGAGCAGGAAAUGCUCGAGGCGGUGGACGUGGAGGAUCUCGUGGAGAUGGGCCUCGAUCCAGCCCUGGCCGGCGCCGUCGUCGCCGAGGCCCAGCGCAUGCGCGGCGCCGGCGCCACGGCCGACCAGAUCGCCCGCGAGAUCGCCAGGCGCACCCGCGCGCAGAUCAAACAGCUCGAGGCCCAGGGCCUCCUUGCGGCGCCCCGGCGUCGCCGCGGCCUCGGCGGGUUCUUCCAGAAGGUCCUCGCCGGCUCCGUGGGCCUCCUCGGCCGCGCGAUCCAAGCCGCGCUCGCGAACGAGGGCGGGGGGGGGUCUGAGUCAGGUGCCCCGGGGGGGGCGGAGUCGGAGUCCGGCGGGGAGCUCCCCGGCGGCGGCGAGGUCAACUUGAAUCGCUGCGACGCGGAGGCGAUUGCGUCGGUGAGCGGCGUGUCGAUGAAGUACGCAACUGCGAUGGUGGCGGAGCGCAACGCGGGGGGGGGGUUCAGGGACUGGGAUGACGUGGCGGAGCGGAUGCGGGCGCGCGGGCACCGGUUCGGGCCGGCGCGGCGCGCGGCGCUCGAGCAGCGCGGGUUCGUCAUCCGCACCCCUGGUGCGCCCGCGCCUGCAGCGGUGCUCCAGGACGUCCUGCCGACGCUCUCGGCGGCGACGGAGCCGGUGGCGGCGGCCGCGAGCGCGGGCAACGGCGGCGCGGUGGCGACGACCGAGGUGGUGCAGGGGGCGUCGGAGAGCGACGAGGACGAGACCGCGGUGUCAGACCUGAAGGCGACGUCAGGGGGGGAGUUCGUGCCGUGGUGGGAGACCGACGAAGGCCGCGGGAAGCCGUUCCCGCCUGAGUUCGCGGACGCCGACGGCGAGCACAAGUUCGAGUACUUGGAGCGCGUGGGCGCGGGGUACGAGAUCGGCGGGCGCGCGGUGACCGCGGAAGAGGCGGAGGCGAUGCGGCGGCGGUGGGAGGCGCAGUACCCGAUGCUGAAGCCGCACCACAAGGAGACGGUCGCGGACCGCACGAAGGCGACGUCCGACGACGACAACAUCGACUUCUGUUGGCGCGAGCUCCUGCGCCUGGAAGUGAACGACCGGAUCCCACCGCAGUGGCGGAAGCGCUUCCGGUGCGACCCGUUCGGCAACGUGGUGAGCCGGUACGCGGACAACAACUCGCUGUGCAAGUUCGACGUCGAUCACGUGUUCCCGUGGUCGCGCGGGGGGCACUCGGUGAAGGAGAACUUCAUGGCCGUGCAGUGGGCGGCGAACCGCAUCGUCAAGCGCGCGCGCAUCCUGCCCGCGAACGAGCGAGACGACUUCGUGGAGCGCAUGCAGACGGGGCUGGACAUCGACACGUUUCUCGAGCUGCUCAAGGUCCGCGACGAGCGGUUCCCGAAGCGCACAGACAAGAAGAAGUUCGACAGGAUGCUCGAGCAGAUGCUCGAGCAGCAGGUCGGCGUCCCGAUGAACCUCAAGUCGGUCCUGCAAAACUCCUCCAUGACCCCCUGGGACUACCUCGGCAACUGCGUCAGGGUCCACAACGCCAACCUCUUCGGCGGCGAGAUCGCAGAGGGCGACAUCUAG